CGGCAUACUUCGGCAACCCCUCUAUGCUUCCAAAUACCUUCUUCCAAGAUAGGACCGAUCGCGUCAACUCCCAAAAGUAGGAAGCAAUCACCGACGUUUUGAACGGCGCCCCACCGCAGUUGGGUUUUCGUCCGUAAGACGUAGUGGGCGGGACAAGCCGAGGUUCUGUGGCAGGUGGCAGCCCCCCAACCACCCAAGCCCAGAGCCAACGAUCGGGUCUCCAUCAGGGUCUUAUUUCGUAAGCCGCAAACUGUCAGCCAAAAACGUGCAAGGCCAGACCAGUGCCUCUCGAGUAAGCAGAAAAAAACGAUCAACGGAGCUCCGUGUUUUGUCAGUGCAGGUCUAAGAUCACAUGUCAUGAUUCGAUUGGGAGGGGCGACAAGCACAGCCCCACGUAUCGCGACGAACUUCAGGCCUGUUUUGCGACACAACUUAAAGCACCGAAGCUUGACCACCACUUUUGCACCUGUCUGUUACUCGAUUUCUACACGUUCCUACACACCUAGUACCGGAAAGAAGUUUGACCACGUAACAAAAGAAAGAACAGGAAGAAAGGCGCUUUACACAACCAUGGCUUCCGCUACCAGCUUCUUCGACUUCAAGCCUAAGGACAAGAAGGGCUCUCCCUACGACCUCAACAAGCUCAACGGCAAAGUCGUCCUCGUCGUAAACACCGCCUCGAAAUGCGGCUUCACACCCCAGUUCGAGGGUCUGGAGAAGCUAUACAAGGAGGUCAAGGGCAAAUAUCCCAACGACUUUGAGAUUAUCGGCUUUCCAUGCAACCAGUUUGGUGGCCAGGACCCAGGCUCCAACGAUGAGAUCCAGGAGUUCUGCCAGAUUAACUACGGCGUUAGCUUCCCAGUCCUUGGAAAGAUUGAUGUCAAUGGCGCACAGGCAGACCCCGCAUUCGAAUGGCUUAAGAACGAGAAGCCCGGCCUCAUGGGCCUCAAGCGCGUAAAGUGGAACUUUGAGAAGUUCCUCGUCGGCCGUGACGGAAAGGUCAAGGGCAGGUGGGCAAGCACCAAGAAGCCUGAGGACCUCAAGGCGGAAAUCGAGAAGGAGCUGGGCGGCAAAUAAAUGUUGAGCGCGAGUUUGGAAUGAUUGCGCAUUGACGCAGGUCCUGUGAGCGCCGGGAUACAUGAUGGAGUAUUGA